AUGGACAAGAUAUAUAAACAAUCCAUGGAAAAUCUUUUACCCACUCCCACAAAAUCUCAUUACACUUUCAACUUGAGGGAUUUUGCACGUGUCAUCCAGGGCUGCUUACUCAUUGAAAGGGAUGCCGUGGAGAGCAAGCACACCAUGAUCCGGUUGUUUGUGUAUGAGGUUCUUCGAGUGUUUUAUGAUCGCCUCAUUAAUGAUGAGGAUCGAUACUGGCUGUUCAAUUUAACUAAAGUUGUUAUAAAGGACCAUUUUAAAGAAUCAUUUGCUAGUGUCUUUUCACAUUUGAGGAAAGAGAAUUCACCAAAUGUUUGUAAUGUGCUUAAUCACUACCGAGUUAUUAAAGAAAUUGUGCAGAGCUUUCUCAUUGACACCUGCCCUUGAUAUCUGGCCAGCUUCCUUGAAUCAGGGAAGUCGGAACUGGAGAGACAAGUGAAGCCAGAAGCUUGGGUGUCCAAGGGCUCUAGUUCUGAUCCUGGCCGUCUGCUGCUGGUGUGCCAUGUCUCUGGCUUUCAUCCAAAACAUGUGUGGGUGAUGUGGAUGCAGGGUGAGCAGGAGCAAUCAGGCACUCAGCAAGGUGGAUACCACAUCCUCCUGAUAUGUAUCUGUUUGGCUGUAUUAGUUACCCUGGUUAUCUUGGUUGUGAUUAACUCAUGGUUUAAAAAGCAAAGCUCAAAUCAGAACAUCUGCCCUCCCCAUGUAUCCAAACCUAUCUUUCCCACAGAAGCCAACACCCAAGAACAUAGUAAUUCAGGAAGUUUUCUCUGUUUAGCACAGAAAUUAUGGAUCAAAAACAGAUUACAGAAGAAAUGA